GUAUUUUUUUUUUUAAUUUUUCUCAAAACAGUUUUAUAAGUCAACUCAAUGAAAUAUCAAAAUUCUUCAGUUUUAACUUUGAUAAUUGGCCUCAUUUUGGUUACUAAUGUAUUCCUCUCCCCCCUGACCGAGGCCAAACAUCGGGUCAAACGUUUGUCCUCACCCGAUUUUGAUAAAGAUGAGACCAUAAAAUUGGCACGUUAUGUUGUAUCGAUACAAUCACGAACACCCAAGAAAUAUUUCGGUGAUAGUCAUUUCUGUGGUGGUACCUUAAUAAAUCCCACAUAUGUUCUAACAUCGGCCCAUUGCACCAUGGAUUCAACCAAGACCAUGUUUCGUAAUAGAAUGUUUUUGGUUGUUGCCGGUUCACCGAAUCGUUUCAAAUUUGUCAGUGGCAAAACAUUUUGUGCGCCCGUUGAUAAAAUUUUUGUUCCAAAAAAUUUUACCCAAUAUAAUACUGAUAAUAUUGCCUUGAUGCGACUAGCAGAGAAAAUGCCAACAAAUAAUCCAAGAAUUGCUUUUAUAAGUCUACCAACUGUGCCACCAGAUUUUGGUAAUAAGCACACUGUUCUGGGUUGGGGUCAAAUGUAUAAGGAUGGACCCAUGUCCGCAUAUAUAAAUCGCAUCGAUAUUGUACUGCAGAAUCGCAGUUCGUGUCAGGAUAAGUUGACUAUUUUUAAACCGGAAAUGAUGUGCGCAUAUAAUAACGGCUCAGAUGCAAGUCCUUGUCAUGGCGAUAUAGGCGCACCCAUGCUUAAAAAUGAAGUACUCAUUGGCAUUGUUAGUUAUCCAAUUGGUUGUGGAAAUACAGAAGUCCCAUCGAUCUUCACAAAUGUCUAUUAUCAUUUGGACUGGAUCAAUAUGAAAAUGAAUGCUGCAGGACGGCAGCAGCUAUUCAAUAUUUCCAAUGGCCUAAUGUAUUUGAUUUUACUGUCAUUGUGUGUCUGA